CUCCAAUGAAAAUGGUUAGUUAAAAUCAUGCUUAUUUGUAGUACUUAUUUUUCUUCCAUUUCUCGAAAACUCCUCUUCUGCUCAAGGAGAAAAUUUUCAUCAAAGUGUAGGAAUUCAGUUAUGGGUAGUGAAAAUUUGAGGUUAAUUGAUAAAAGACAACGUGCAGGUUUUCGUCUGUGUAAUGUUUCAGGUUGCAAGAUCGAUGUGAUGGAAAUUCAUGCCACGGACCCGAAGUUUCAUGUCUUGUUUAUUCCUGGAAAUCCAGGUGUUAUCUCGUUUUAUGUUGAUUUUCUGGAAUCACUCUAUUAUCAGCUGGAAGGAACUGCAUCUGUGACAGCAAUCUCACACAUUGCCCAAACAGAAAAGAAUUGGGAGAAUGGAAGGCUAUUCUCACUGCAAGAACAAACAGAUCACAAGAUAAACUUCAUAGAACAUGAGCUGCAGGAUGUUGAAGUUCCUAUAGUACUGGUUGGUCAUUCUAUUGGCUCAUACAUAUCUCUAGACAUUUUUAAGAGAUUUCAAGAAAAGGUGACAUACUGUAUUUGCUUGUAUCCAUUUCUAGCUGUAAACACAAAGUCUUCAACACAAACUAUUAUUAAGAAGAUUGCAGCAUCUCGUAUUUUAUGUACGGGCGUUAGUUCAAUUGUCGCAGUUCUGGGAUUGUUACCAGCCUGGAUCUCCAGGAUUCUGGUGAAAAACUCUGUGGGAAAUUCCUGGUGUCCAUCUGCGGUGGAGGCUCUCUGUACACAUGUCCUCAGGUAUCAUACUGUUCAGAACAUGCUAUACAUGGCAAUGACCGAAUUUGAAAAGCUUUCUGAGGUACCUGAUUGGUCGUUUAUGAGGGAAAAGAAAAGUCAGAUGGCAUUUUUGUUUGGAGUCGACGAUCACUGGGGUCCCUUAGAUCUUUAUGAAGAGAUCUCCAUUAAGGUACCAGGUGCUGUUCUAGCAGUAGAAAGAGGGGGUUACACUCAUGCUUUUUCUUGCACAGAAGCUGGCUCAACAUGGGUAGCUCAACAUGUUUCUGGCUCAAUCAAGAAUUAUUUUUCGUAAAUAGACUCCGCGCAGCCGUUAUUUUUUCUAGAAACGCACUCAAUCUGUCAAUAAAAUCGAGCUAAUAUGUGAUCGUGACAGUAUACUGAUAUAUACGCACAUCGCGUACGCUUCAUAAUUGGCCUAAAGGUCAAAAAUUUCCUGUUAUGUCUUGAAAAUAUUAUUUGAUUAGACUUCAAAUUUUAACAGAAA